AUGCCCCCCCCUGUGUGCACCACCUGUGGAAAGUGGGUGGAGCAAGGGGGUGGGGUGUGCGCGAUUUGCCGCACCCUCGAUCGGCUUUCGGCCUUGAUCCGGGGGUCUUCUAUACCCCUGAGUGCCGAGGGGGUGCUGCUGCGGGCGCUCCGGGGGUGGCUGGCCGAGGUACAAGACAUUGGGGAGAUCUGCAGGGGGGUCGUGCCAAACCCCUCGGGACCCCAACUGACCCCUGGUGGUGAAAUCCGGGGGGUUAUAGGGCCACCACUGCCGCCACCUCCAAAUACUGAGGGCCUACCCAAAGCUCCAAGUGUAGUGACGGCUGCGACCUCAAAAGCCCCUCCGCCUGUCAAAACCGAGACCCAAGAAGCAGCGUUGCCGCCCGCUGUACCUGCCGAAGAAGCACUGCCACCUGCAAAGCCAGAGCCUGUGGAUAAGAGAGCAAAGUCUGAGCAUUCGCAGGACGAGAGACCGCCUUUACCUCGCAGGACUCCUAGGACACCUGCAGAAGGACCGGGUGUUGAGACGGCCGAGUACUACGAAGAGGGGGAGGAAGAAGAGCAUUUCACCCCUGAUCUGGAGCGGCCUCGGAGCCCUUCACGGCCACCUCCUCCUCGAAGGGAGGCCUGGUGGGUCAAGGUGGCAGGGGCCUAUCAGGGCUUACAGGAGAGAGCCACCUCCUGGACAGGGAAAACACUUUGGGAAAAACAAAGGAGGCCGGAGGCGACCCCGCCACCGCUAGAUGGCGCCGAAGCUGAGGCGCCCGGCGGCCUCCCCUGGGCGGGCGCGGGGGAAGGCAAAGGCAAAGGCGGGUCCCGCCAGGCCGCGGCGGCCUGUCAUGCAGUGACCUUGGAACAGUGCAAAGGUUUUACAGACCUGGAACUUAUGGAGGCUACAUACUGGGCCGAGCCGGUCAGGGCGGCUUUCAAGAUGGAGAGUAUGCAGCUGGACAAGGGGGAGCUGUACUUGAAGGGGCGUCUCUUGGGUACGCAGUCCGAGCGGCUCCUAAAGGUGGCGACGGGAUUGCCGGACCACCGGGUGGAUGUCCACCUGUGCGAUUACACCUGCGGGGGAACUCCGCACCGCGACGACCUGAUCCACGUCACCAAGUUCAAGCAGUUAGGGGACGACCGGGAGCCGUGGAUGAGCAACCUGGGUCCCGUAGAAGCCCCACCCGACACCGGGGAGGACGAACUUCAGGUGCUGAGGGCCGAUCAGCGACGCCGAGGAGGAGAAACUCCUGGAGAGGGAGUGGCUCACGGACGCGACAAACGAAGCCGGUCACGAAGGAGGCGGAGUCGGAGUCGGAAGCGGCGGAAAACAGGUUUGAAGGUCGAGAGCCAAAAGGAGAUAGUGGCCCUUUUCCAAAACACCGGCCUGGACCCCGACCCAAAAGUCCGACGACGGUUCAGGCGGCGCGCAGGCAAGAUAGCCCGGAAGAAGAGGAUGGGCUCCAGCUCCUCAUCGGGGAGCAGCAGCGACAGCAGUCCCGCCGAAGAGACGCUUCCGGCCGACGAUAUGCACCUGUUCGGGGGCAGUGGAAGGGUGCAGCUCAUCGGACGCCGUCUGCCAGGGUCGUUGGCCGCUGCGGCCUUGGACGAGGCGUCGGAUGCGCUAGUGACCCACGAGGGGGGGUUAUGGGACCUCCACUCGGGGGCACUCCCCCCCUUGUUUGUCCGGUAUUUUCGUCAACAACUCAGCUCAAAGAUGAGCCCCGCCAUGUCACGAGAAGCUCAAACGAUAUCCCACCUCCUCGAUCACCUGUUGCGGGGGAAGGUGGCGGACGCGCUCGAUCUGGGCGCCCAACGCCUCAAGGCGUUAGAAGCACAGGCCAGCGGCGUACAUUUUACAGUAGCUCAACAACAAGAAUUGAUUCCCAAGGAGGGGGCUUCAAUGAGUACAGUAGUGGAAAUGCAGGACGCUGCCCGUCGGGCGCGGGAGGAAGGGAAGAUGCGAUUGGAGAGUUCGCGCCCCUACGGGAGCCGGAGCUCCUAUCCUCCUCGGACCGAGGACCAUGGCAAGGGCAACCAACGGAAGGGCGGCAAAGGAAAAGGUGGCAAGACCGAGACCAAGAAGGGCGAGGGCAAAAAAGGCGACAACAAGGAGGCCAAGGGGAGUCAACCGCAGAUCGAGUUGAAAAGGUUGGCUGCGGGAGAGGCUUGCUCUGGCCAUACGGAUUGUGGAGUGACUUUUGCAACUGGGCGGACUGAGCCUGGUAGCCACCUCACGGGGGUGGCACCGAAUUGGGGUGACUUGAACCCUGAGUGCAUGUCUGCGCUUACGCCGACGAGCGUGGGCCGCGCCGAUACAGGGCUGCCAGCUGUAGAUGCGUUUCACCAGAAGCUGGGUGCACACGGUCAGCGGCUGCGAGAUUUGGGAGUCCAUAUUAAUGCACUUCUCAAAAAAUAUCUUCGAUCUACCAUACGCAGCAAGACUUUGUCCACGGCGGUGAAGGAUUUGUUUCCUUUACCCCUUGAGAUUUGCAAAGAAGUGGACUCCCAGCGACAAGCCUGGCUAGAAGCGAUGGUGAUUGGGCUGAAUGAGCUCAAUGGCAGUGCAGCUGGAGAAGCUAUGGUGGUAUCCGAGGCGCAAAAAGAGGUUGGCCGUGUGUUGAGAUCUUUUUUAGACAGGGUAUGGACUUGGGAUGAAGUGGUUCCUACAGAGGAUUUUGGUACUUAUUUCGACGUCAAGGGGGUCGAUUAUCGGGGUGAAGAGAUACGACUGGCCCGGUCCUUCACCUGGGAGUGUAUUGCUCCUUCUCUCCCUCAAGAAGUGGGAGACACUGGCACUAUGCCGACCAUUGCCAACUUCAGCAGCUUCUACCUGGAGGAAGGCGAGGUAGCAAUGUUGGGGUCGGAGGACAUAAAGUGUUUCUAUUAUCUGUUCCAAGUUCCCCCCGGUUGGCGAAAGUAUUUGGGCUUUGCUAGGGAGGUGGCUCAGCAUUUGCUGCCUCCUGACUUGAAAGGCAGGGUUUGCCAUUUAGUGUCACUGGUUUUACCUAUGGGUUUCAUCAACUCGGUGGGAUUGGCCCAGCACAUCCACCGAAAUGUGUGCCGAUGGAGUGCUCCUGAUGAACCUGAAGGGUGGGGAGCGCAACGGGAAAUGAGGCGAGACCGUCCUGCCACGGUGUCCAAAGAGAUCUUCAGGAUUUACUUGGACAAUUGGGACGAGCUCCGUAAGGUAGACCGGGACCUGGCAGCCGAUGUGGAAGGCAAGCCUUCCGCCCAUCAGUUGGCUCUACGGGCCCAGUAUGAAGAGCUGCAACUCCCUCGCCACCCGAAGAAAUCAGUUGAAGGGGGGUUGCGAGCUGAGGUACAAGGGGCCAUAUUUGAUGGUCAGGAAGGGGUGGCUUAUGCAAAGCCGUCUAAGGUCUUGAAAUAUGUGGGUCUCACCCUGGAGCUCCUGGACAGGGGGUCGGCCUCACAGCGGGAGCUUCAGGUAGUGGCUGGGGGGAUGGUGUACAUCACAAUGUUCAGGAGAGCAUUGUUGUGCUCCCUGAACGCCAUCUGGAGGCAGAUUGAAGACCUGAAACAGGAGCCUCCUGUAGUGCGACGUCCAAUCCCCUUUAAUGUCCAGGCCGAGAUGAUCCGCUUUGUGGCACUUGUGCCGCUAGGGCAAAUGGAUUUCAGGGCUACCAUGCAUCCUCAAGUCACAGCCAGUGACGCUUCAACUACAGGCGGAGGUUUCUGUGUUACCUCAGGUCUCACCGCUUAUGGGGUGUCCGCCUUGGCAGCACCUGUGCGGGGGGAUAUACCUGAGGCCUUUGAUUAUAUUCAGGUAUUAACGAUCGGGUUGUUCGACGGUAUCGCAGCACUGCGGGUGGCCGCUGACCUCCUGCACCUGCCCAUGGCAGGCCACGUGAGCGUGGAGUGUAACGAAGCGGCCUCGAGGGUAGUUGAAAGUAUGUUUCCGGGCUGCCUUCACUACAAGGAUGUCUGCGCCAUCACCGAGGAGGACGUGCGACAGUGGGCCUGUCGUUUCACUUCAGUGGGGGUAGUGCUGAUCGGGGCGGGGCCUCCUUGCCAAGAUGUCAGCAAGUUGAACGCGGACCGUAAGGGGGCCACACGGGGUCGCCGUAGCUCCUUGUUCCGGGAGGUGGAUGCCGCGGGGGUCAGUCUGGCCCAUCGCCCGCGACUGUAUUGGUUAUCGUGGGAGUUGGUUCCGGAGGAGGGUUUAGCCCUAUCAGAGUGGGUGGGGGAGCAUUGGAAUGCUUACCGUGUGGCCCAGCUCACGGCUGAAUUUGAUUACAAGGACUACGUGGAACCUGGCUGGGCCAUCACUGCUGACCAACGACUCCCCACCUUUACCACGGCUAGACCCUCUGAAACUCCUGGGCGCAAGCCAGCAGGAUUGAGUGACCUCCCCACGAAAACCAGAUGGAAAGAGGAUAAACAUCGAUAUCCCCCCUAUCAAUACCGGGCGGAAAACUGCCUCAAGCACAGUGACGGGCGACUACGGCCGGCCACAAUUGCCGAGCAUGAAACCAUUCUUGGUUUCCCCCUGCACUAUACAAAAAAUUGCGUUGCCAAAAGCCAUCAGGUGGGAGAGGCUUACUCUGAUUUGAGGAAGACUCUUCUGGGCAAUACCUGGUCGGUCCAAGUGGUUGUGUGCCUUCUGAAACAGCUGUUCCAGCCCUUGGGGUUGACACCAGUCUCCUCGAUACAAGCCUUGAUCGAUAGCAUGACUCCUGGCCGUGGGAGCCGGUUACAAACCCUCCUGCAUCGUGCCCCAUUGAGGCGAAAUACAGACGCUCGGGUGCCUGAAGGCAACCUUGCCAAGCGACUGGGGGGUUUGGUAUCGGUGAAGGGAGAAGACUUGCUCCUCCAAAGUCAUACGGAGCCCCUGGUGAAAUUCCACCGUCUUCGCAGUAGUGUGCCAAGUCGCUUGUGGACCUGGCGCGAAAUCGCGGGAUGGCAGUGGAAGGGGUCGGCGCCAUCGGGUGAGAAAAUGGGUAAAGUAAAGAAGCAUCUGGAAGGCCGCACUAAGCAAGAACGUUGCAAAAUCCGCAAAGAUAUGGGCUCCUUAAAGUCGCUGACGGUUCAACCAAAGACCCGAGCACGCUACGAUCAAGCCCGCGAUAAAUUCUACUCCUUCCUCAAAUUAAACUCUCUACUGCUGCCCAGGCAACGCUCUGAAAUGGAUAACCUCUUAACGGAAUAUCUUGAACAUCUAUGGGCCACGGGGGAGGGCCGAGCGCUGGCGUCGGAUACCCUGGCCAGCUUACAGGACAUCGAUCCUCGGCUGCGGGGUCAGAUACCGGCCUCUUGGCGCCUCCUCAAAACGUGGCAAGUUCACGAAAUUCCGUCCCGUGCACCCCCCUUUCCUGAGAAGAUUCUGCAGGCAUUAGUAGGCUAUUUCCUCUUCUACGAGGACCCAGCCAUGGCCCUAUCACUCCUGCUAGGAUAUUACGGUAUGCUACGUACUGGGGAGGUACAGGCUAUUCGUGCCCGUGAUGUCCUGAUCAGUGAAAGCCAUACUAAUGCUGUCGUGUCCCUUGGGUGGACAAAGACGGGAAAAAGAACUGGUGCCGCUGAAAGCGUUACCAUCUCAGUAGUUGAAGUAAUACGGCGUUUGAAUCAAUGGCAACACAAUGUUCCCCCUAAUUCUCUCAUGGUUCCAUCUGCCUCACAGUGGCGGAAAAAAUUUAAAGAAGGCCUGGAGGCACUUGAAAUUCAGUCUGUGGGGUUCCGACCUUAUUCAUUACGUCGUGGUGGGGCGACGUUCUGGUUUUCACGUCAUGGAUCCCUAGACCGCAUUUUGUUACAAGGUCGUUGGCUUGCGGCUCGAACCGCUCGCACAUAUUUAAAUGAGGGUCUAGCGGUACUGACCGACCUCAAAAUCUCAUCCCGAGCCAUCACUGCGUUUCACAAAGUUUAUGUAAAUGCUUCUAGGCUGAAACUCCCACCUUGGCGGUCCCAAAAUACUUGA